AUGUCUACCGAGAACAUCACUAUCAUUGGCGCCGGAGUGAUCGGUGCGACGACGGCGUACUACCUUACUCGCCACCCGAAAUACGAUCUGUCGAAGUACAAGAUUAGGGUGAUCGAGGCGACUGAAGUUGCUGCGGGAGCAUCGGGAAAGGCUGGAGGUUUAUUGGCGCUCGAUUGGCAUGGCCCUUCUACGGCGAAUCUUGGUGAAUUGUCCUACAACCUGCACAAACAGCUCGCGGACGAACAUGGCGGAUUCGAGAAGUGGGGUUACAGAGCGCUUACGACAAUGAGUAUAUCUACCAGCUUUAAACCCCGACGAACCGCGAAUCUACCGCCGGGUCUCGAUUGGGUCAACGAGAAGGGAUUGGAGAAGGCGAGUUUGUUGGGGACGGAGGAGACGACAGCACAGGUCCAUCCAUACAAAUUUACGAAUGAGAUGAUGAGACUGGCGCGGGAGAAGGGGGUUGAGCUCAUUAUGGGCAAGGUCACGGAUGUCAAGGAUGGUAGUGUGACAUACGUCUCAAAGGACACCAAUGAAGAGAAAACCCUCGACAGCACACAAACUAUUGUCACCGCGGGUCCAUGGACGCCAAAGAUCCUCAAAGAAGCACCGAUCAGCGCAACCCGCGCCCACAGUAUCACUAUCCGCCCAAAGAAACCUGUCAGCGCACACGCACUAUUUACCUCUAUGACGCUUUCCUCGGGUAAGACCGUCGCCCCAGAACUCUACGCCCGACCCGAUGAAGUUUACGUCUGUGGUGAAGGCGAUCACCUCACCUCCAUCCCUGAGACGGCCGACAAGGUCGAAGUGAUUCAAUCCCGCUGCGACGACCUCGUAAAACAAGCUGGUGAGCUGUCAUCGCGCCUCAAAGAGGGAGAAGUUCUCGCGUGUCAAGCAUGUUACCUCCCCGUCAUGGAGCGCGGCAUGGGUGGACCCAUGGUUGGGGCUGUGCCGGGCAGGAAAGGGGUGUGGGUGGCUGCGGGACAUAGUUGUUGGGGUAUUAGUUUGUCGGCGGGGACGGGGAAGGUGUUGUCGGAGAUGAUCUUGGAUGGCGAGGCGAAGAGCUGUGAUGUUGGAAUGUUGGAUCCUAGCGAGGUGCUUUGA